GCUGCCGAGGAUCCGGCCACGCCCGAGGCGAGCGGCGUCGCAGGGCGCGGGUGUGUGGCGCGAGCGGCGGCCGACGACCGGCAGUUCUGCGGCCCGAGCAGACGCCAUCAGCUUUAAGGAAAAGUGGAAAUCACUUCUGCUUAUACUGAAUACCAAAAAUCAGUGACUUCUUGCCCUCCCAAUCAUGGCAUUGCCCUUUCGGAAAGACUUAGAAAAGUACAAGGACCUGGAUGAAGAUGAGCUCCUUGGGAACCUGUCAGAAACAGAGCUGAAACAGCUGGAGACUGUUCUGGAUGAUCUUGACCCUGAAAAUGCCCUUCUGCCUGCCGGAUUCCGGCAGAAGAACCAGACAUCAAAGUCUGCCACAGGGCCCUAUGAUAGAGAACACCUCCUUUCUUACCUGGAGAAGGAAGCAUUGGAGCACAAGGACCGGGAAGACUAUGUGCCCUACACUGGGGAGAAAAAAGGGAAAAUAUUUAUUCCCAAACAAAAACCUGUGCAGACUUUUACAGAAGAAACUAUAUCCCUUGAUCCAGAACUAGAAGAAGCUUUAACAAGUGCUUCUGACACAGAACUGUGUGACCUUGCAGCUAUUCUUGGGAUGCACAACUUGGUAACAAAUGCACAACUGUGUAAUGUGAUGGGAAGUAAUAAUGGUGUUGACCAACGACAUUUUUCAAAUGUGGUAAAAGGGGAAAAGAUUGUUCCAGUAUUUGAUGAACCACCAAAUCCAACCAAUGUUGAAGAGAGUUUAAAGAGAAUUAAAGAAAACGAUGCUCGUCUUGUUGAAGUUAAUUUGAAUAAUAUAAAGAAUAUCCCAAUUCCAACCCUAAAAGAUUUUGCAAAGGCUAUGGAAGCCAAUACACAUGUGAAGUAUUUCAGCCUUGCAGCUACCCGAAGCAAUGACCCCAUUGCUAUUGCUUUUGCAGAUAUGCUGAAAGUGAACAAAACACUGAAGAGCUUAAAUAUGGAGUCCAACUUCAUCACAGGAGCUGGAGUCUUAGCACUCGUUGAUGCCUUAAGAGAUAAUGAGACACUGGCUGAGCUCAAGAUUGACAACCAGAGGCAGCAAUUGGGAACCGCUGUUGAAUUAGAGAUGGCCAAAAUGCUUGAGGAAAAUACAAACAUCCUUAAGUUUGGAUAUCAGUUUACACAACAGGGACCCCGAACCAGGGCAGCCAAUGCUAUAACAAAAAACAAUGACUUAGUGCGCAAGAAACGAGUUGAAGGAGACCACCAGUAAAUAUUCCAAGGUUUGAUCAUUGGAAGACUUCAGAAGAUCAACAAGGACUCAUUUUGGUGACAUCAGAUGUAAAUUUUUCCUAGGUAGAAGGGAAAAGACUGGAAAUCUUUUUUAACUGUCUGCAUUAUUUUCCUAGUUUAAGUUUUCAUUUUCAAAUUGUAAAAUCGGUAGUAAGUAAUAUUUUAUAUUUUGAAGCAUUUCUACUUUCUACUGAAAUGUUUUAUUCUAGCUUAAUUGAAUGGUUUUUAGAGUCAUAGGGGAAAAAAUACAAUUGUAAAAAUGUUUCAGGCCGGGUGUGGUAGCACACACCUUUAAUCCCAACACUUGGGAGGCUGAGGUAGGAGGAUCACCAUGAGUUCAAGACCAACCUGAGACUACAGAGUGAAUUCCAGGUCAGCUUGGGCUAGAUCAAGAUACUAUUCAAAAAGCAAGACAAAAUAAAAAAUAUUUCAGAAGUUAUAUACGUACAACAACUUGAACAUCUUGAAGACCAAACUUUUUAAAAACCAAAAUGGAAUAUUGCUGAUUCAGAAUGACUGUUGCUCCUUGUUACAUAUAUGGCACUUAGAGGCUUUCUUUAUUCUAUAACCUGGAGUGCCCCCUCCCUUUAAAAAUACAUGAAUUUGGCAAGAGUUUGUUUUUUCCUUAUUAAGGAAAUAAAAAGCCAGAAUUUUAACAGAUGGUUCAAAAUCUGGCAAUGCAUUUGGAAGCCACGGCAGACCUCGGAGAGGAAGCAGCCAUAUGUGCAGUAAAGCUGCUGUACUUGACUGAGUGCCUCAGCGACACUUGUGUGUUCUGACGAGUCAUCAGUUCUGCCAGGUCAUGUACCUUAUUUUCAAAGUAUAGUUUGAGCUAAGAUUAUUACAAUAUUUCAAUUUAAUGUGGGCAUUACAUUUUUUUUAAAGCUAAUGGUAAAAACCAUGUAAAGCCAGGUGUACUGGUUCACUCUUGUAAUCCUUGCACUUAGGAAGCUGGGGAAGGGGAAUCACCAUGAUUUCAAAUUCAGCCUGAGCUAAAUAUGCAUUCCAGGCCAGCCUGGCCUAUAGACUGAGGCCCUUUCUCUAAACAAAAAACAAACAAGCCAAAAAAGAAAAAAAAGUAUAUGG